UCCUUAAAUACCACUCCUCCCAUCUACUUCCAACCUCGCACCAUCAUCAUCACAGAAACUCUGUAUCUAUAUGCGCAAAUAUAGUCUAAAACUCAAACUGCAGUACAGAGUUUGUGAGUGAGUGAAGGGUUUUGCUAAUGGAGAAGAAUGAGGCUUCCUCUUUCUCUAGCUUUCACGCUUACGUCCGGGCACUCUCCGAUACCCCUCGCCGCCUGGCGCUCCGGGCGGGCUCUGUCUCCACGUCGUUAGAGGAGACGAGCCACGUCCGCGCUCUGUCAGGGGGCGGCAUGAAGAGGAGUCUCCGGUGGUACGACUUGGUCGGCUUCGGCCUCGGCGGGAUGGUCGGCGCCGGCAUCUUCGUGACCGCCGGUCACGCCAGCCAUGACUGUGCCGGCCCUGCCGUUAUCCUGUCCUUCGCCAUUGCCGGUCUCUGCGCCCUCCUCUCAGCGUUCUGCUACACCGAGUUCGCCGUCGAGAUGCCUGUCGCCGGCGGCGCUUUCAGCUACAUCCGCACUACAUUCGGGGAAUUUCUGGCAUUCAUAACCGGAGCUAACCUAAUCAUCGAUUACGUCCUCUCCAACGCCGCCGUGGCGAGGAGCUUCACGGGGUACUUAUGCACAACCAUCGGCCUACGCCGCCUACCGCACGUAACGAAGCUGAGAAUCACCAUCUCCGCUCUGCCAAAAGGCUUCAACGAGAUCGAUUUCGUAGCAGUGGCGGUUGUUUUAGCCCUAACCGUAGUCAUCUGCUACAGGUUUUCCACAACCACAACCACAUUCCACUCAUUACUCCAUUUUUUUUCCGCGAUUCAACCGUUACAUUAUAUCUCUAAUCAUUUUCCUCCCUCUCUCAGUACAAGAGGAAGUUCCGUGUUCAACAUGACGCUAACAGUGCUGCACAUCCUGUUCAUCGUGUUCGUGAUAGCGAUAGGGUUCUCCAAGGGCGAUUCGAAGAACCUAACUCAUCCGGCGGAUCCGAAGCUGGCGGGCGGGUUCUCGCCGUUCGGCGCCUCCGGAGUGUUCAGCGGCGCCGCCAUGGUGUACCUGAGCUACAUCGGAUACGACGCCGUGUCGACAAUGGCGGAGGAAGUUAGGAAUCCGGUUAAGGAUAUCCCUAUCGGCGUCUCGGGGUCAGUUAUCCUUGUGACCAUCCUUUAUUGCCUGAUGGCCGCUUCUCUAUCCAUGCUCCUCCCCUAUGAUAGGAUUGAUCCGGAUGCACCAUUCAAUGGGGCGUUCAGCGAGGGGUCGCGAGGGUGGAGAUGGGUGUCCAACGUCAUAGGGGCGGGGGCCAGCUUCGGGAUACUCACAUCACUGUUGGUGGCGAUGCUGGGGCAGGCUCGGUACAUGUGUGUGAUCGGACGGUCAGGAGUGGUCCCCAACUGGUUCGCCAAGGUUCAUCCUAGGACGUCCACGCCCGUCAACGCUUCCGUCUUCCUCGGGAUCUUCACUGCAGCCAUUGCGCUUUUCACUGAUUUACAAAUCCUCUUGAACCUGGUGACAAUCGGCACCCUCUUCGUGUUCUACAUGGUCGCAAAUGCGGUGAUCUACAAGCGCUAUGUCACGGUGGGAUCAACCAAUCCGUGGCCAACCCUGUCUUACCUCUUCUGCUUCACCCUCACUUCGGUCUUGUUCACGCUGCUGUGGCACUGCGCACCGCCAGGCAAGGCGAAGGCCUUGGUGCUGGGCGGUUGCACCCUCAUCGCCAUCGCCAUUCUCCAGCUAUUCCAGUAUAUGGUGCCCCAGGCGAAGAAACCCGAGCUGUGGGGUGUCCCAUUGAUGCCAUGGAUUCCAUCCAUGUCCAUCUUCCUCAAUAUAUUCCUGUUGGGUUCCCUUGACCGGCCAUCCUAUAUCCGGUUCGGAUUCUUUUCGGGCCUUGCAGUGAUUGUGUAUGUGCUAUACAGUGUCCAUGCUAGCUUUGAUGCUGGGGAACAAAAAACACUUGGUCAAGAGAAUAUUGAGAUGGGGAAGGAAUAUAAUGUACCCCGGGACCAUUCUCUCAAAGUAUAAAUGUGUAAUGGCUCAUAUAUUUUAACCUUUUUCUUUUGCUUAGCUUCUUACAUGGAAUAGAGAAGUCCAGUGGGAUAGGCUGCAAUUUUGCAGCACUUGGCAACUUGUAUAGUUUGAUUCCCAGUAUUAUUAUUGGACUUCCGUUCAACAUCUCCAAAAUGCUAAUUUUAAGUCAACUAUUGUUGGGGUUAGCUA